CUAAAAGUCUCAAAUCAAAAUAUUCCACACGUUGCAUAUAGAAUGUAUGUCUAUGCCAAGAACUAUACUCCAUCAGCUUCCAUCCGAGGAGUCUAGUCUAAUCAUCACCAUACCCCCAAAACAGCAUUAAAACCAUCUCGAACCUAAGUACAAAGAAUCAGACGAAAAGGGACAAAAGAUGCCUCCCAAAUCCAAAAAGGAAACCCCAAGGCCAAAUCCCAACCUCCAGAUCAGCCAAAACCCAACUGGCCUCCCCUCCGCCCCUCAUUCCCCAUCAGACCUUUCCCUGGAAUCCCUUCUCCACGACCAAAUCUACCUAAUCCGCAACUUCCUCCCCUCCUCCCUCUGCAAAACCUACGCCUCCUUCCUAACCUCGCUCCCACUCACCACCACCCCCGGCAAACCCAAAAAGGGCGAGGCCGUCCGCGUCAAUGACCGGUUCCAGGUACAGGAUGCCGACUUCGCGGAGAGGCUGUGGAGCGGGACUGCGCUGAGGGAGCUGGUGAGCGGUGCAGUUGACGAGGACGAGGAUGGCGAUGGGCGGCCACGCUCAAACAGGGAGAUCUGGGGCGGGGAGCCGCUUGGUCUGAAUGCGAAUAUUAGGAUAUAUCGGUAUUCGAAGGGCCAGUUCUUCGCGCAGCAUUACGAUGACUCGAAUGUGGUUACGUUCGAGUCCCCUCAACAUAAGCCGCAGCAGGCUCGCACGACCUGGACCCUCCUCGUCUACUUGACGAGCUGUGCCGGCGGGGAGACAGUCUUCUACCCUGAGCCGACCCGUGCGAAUCGCAACCCGGAGCCUAUUGCUGUGGCGCCAGAGGUGGGCAUGGCGCUGCUGCAUCAGCAUGGAGAGAGGUGUCUUCUGCAUGAGGGCAGGGAGGUCACCGAGGGCGAGAAGUGGGUUUUAAGAAGUGAUUUGGUGGUUGCGCGGUGAAAGAUGUGAGCUGACUUUUGUCUGCGUCUCACCUGUUGUUGAUAAGAUUCUACGUGCAAGAGGCUGUUGUGCUUAUAGAGUUGCUUAUGGGCGUGAGCCUGGACUUCUCUGGACCCAGUCUGAUCAUUCAACAAGCGGUAUUCAUGUCAGAUAUAUGUUCAGAAAUCAAGCCGAAUAG